AUGGUGCGGCCGACUGAGAUUGACGCUAAUUUUUUUGAAAAUAUUACUUUACAAUGCCGUUUUUGCGAUGAAAAAGACGAUGGACAGCCAAAAAAUUGGUAUAAAGCAGAUACAUUACAGAAGGAACCUUCCGAAAUUAUCCCCGAUAUGGAAAAUGAACCAGAAUUAAACAAGGUAGUUAUACAUAGUGAUCGCAGUUUGAGUAUUCACAAUUUCACUGAAGAAGAUGGCGGACUCUAUUUUUGUAGAAUAUAUGGAGAAAAUGAAGUUAAUACAGAAUUCAACUAUUUUGUUGACGUCGUAGAUGAAACAUUUGCAGAUAUAGAAUCAGGAAAUUUGUCUGAUUGGAAACAGUACUAUGAAGAAUUGUUUGCUCCUAUCAACAAACUUUUUAAAGAAUCGAAAGGGCCAGAGGCUGUUCGCGUAAGAGAUGAAUUAAAAAUAUCCAUGGAAAUAAUGACCGAUUGGCAGCGGUGGAGUAAAUGUGUGUGUGAUAAACCGGGUGGUAAACGAGUGAAAACCCAAAAAGGAGUUUGCAGAAUCAAAUUUAGAACGGAAUUAGAAAACAACACUAUUAAGUAUGAUAAGGAUAUGUUGUUUUUGAAGGUUGGCGAGAUUUCUUGCAGAUCCAUCAGAUUAAGGAAGUUUUUUCCCGAUAUAAGCAAUCGAACAAACGUAAUACCUGACUUCAUCCUUUCGGAAAAUUGUGAGGAAACGUGCAGCCCUGAUAAAGACGGAGCCAACGUCGGGUGGAAAGUAGGUAAAACGAAGGGAUAUAAAUAUAAGAAGACGUUUGUAUUGAUGGAAAAAUCUCAUUUAACAUUGAUUUGUCCGGAAUCAACUUUGGACAAUAAAGUAGUGUGGACAAAAAGAGGAAAAACUAUCAAAGUUGGAGAUACAAGUUAUCCCCAUAUGUACGUCGAUUCCUUCAAUACUCUGUAUUUGGUAAACAUGACGACAGCUGAAGAGAGUAAUUAUACCUGUCAAGUCGAUGAUAUACAGAUGCAGAGAAUUGUCAUACAUAUUGUUAGCAAAUCUAAAUUUUUAUCCGGAGAACUUGUAAGGCACUUGGGUUAUCUUGGUUUCGUUUUGCUUUUGACGGUGCCCUGUUACUGUGCUGGUUUAGUAGUGACGUGGUGGCGGAGAAGGUCGUUCCAAACUUAUGAGGAUUAUAUGAAAGAAAAAAGAAAAAUUCCUUAUCAGGAUGAUGAAAGCGAAACUUUGUUAUAAUAACGAAAAUAAAGAA